AAAAGUGUGCACAAUGGUAUUUAAAAUGAAUACCAAAAAAUCUGAAACAAAAAAGUGUGAAAGAAAAAAAAAAUAUUCCGAUUACAUGAAAACAGCAAAUCAUAUAACGAGAUUGCCGGAAUUGUGAGCAGAAGUCUACAAUGCAUUAUAUAAUAAAAAAGUCAAAGAAUGAGGGAACACUUGAAAACAAAGAUCGAUCAGGUCGGCAAAAGAAAUUGACUGGAAGAAAGGAGAAAGUUAUUAUUCGCGAAUUAAAAAAAAAUCCUACUAAAUCCGCUCCUCAACUCGCAAGUAUGGUAGCUAGUAUAUUUCAUAAAAAAGUUUACCCGGAAUUAUGUCAACGAAUCUUACGAAACAAUGGUUUUCAUAGCAGAGUACCGCGAAAGAAGUCAUAUAUUAAUGCGAUGGGUGAACACACAGGCUUAACAAACUGUGAGGCUCGGGAACUUUGCAAAAAGCCUGACCCAGCGACAAAUGGUUAUAUAAUGCAACAAACAAUGUAUCGUAUUAAAGAUCCAAGAAAAUCAUUACCUUUUUAUACUGAAGUACUCGGUAUGCAGUUAUUACAGAAACUUGACUUUCCUGAAAUGAAAUUCUCUCUGUACUUUUUGGGAUAUGAAGAUCCAAAAGACAUACCUACUGAUAAGAGAGAAAGUAUUGAAUGGACAUUUAGUCGCAAAGCUACUUUAGAACUUACUCAUAAUUGGGGUACAGAAACUGACCCUGAUCCCAAGUACCAUAAUGGGAAUACUGAACCUAGAGGAUUUGGUCACAUUGGAAUCACAGUACCUGAUGUAGAAAAAGCAUGUGAAAGAUUUGAAAAGUUAAAUGUGGAAUUUGUAAAGAAGCCUAAUGAUGGUAACAUGAAAGGAAUUGCUUUUAUCAAAGAUCCAGAUGGUUAUUGGAUUGAAAUUUUAAAUCCAGUAAAUAUUGCAAAUUUAAUACCAAAUCAAUAAAGGAUUUGGUAUAAUGUAAUUCUUUUGAAUACUCACAAAUGUAUAAAUUUCAUUAAACAAAACAAUCAGAACUAAACCAAACCAUUUUUAUGCAUAUGUAUAUUUAAUUUUAUAUGUACAUGUACAUGUGCAUAGUAAAAUUGUAAGAUUGUAAUUAUUCAUAUUUAUGUAUAUUUUAUAGCACCUGUACAUUAUUAUAUUACAUUGUGUUAUAUGUAUAAUUUAUGUAUAAUGUAACAUCUAAUUAUUCUUUAGUAAAUAAAAUCAAAAUAUUUAUUUUUAAACAAUCAA